UCUCGCGGCAGUUGCAGGAACGCGCGAAAUCCAGAAAACACAAAUCCGGUCGGCUACGCUGUCAGAGAACGACCAACGCUUUAAAAUACUAAUAUUAAUAUAUAAUUUAGACGCCUACGGCGAAGCAAAUGGUUGUUUAAACAUAUAUGACGGUGUUGUAGCUGAAAAACUGAAUCAAGAGGAUGGUUUUGCAAAACAGCGGACGGUACAGGGCGGACCGUGGACAAAGUGGAGCAGAUGUGGAUAACCAGGAUGAUGGCUCGUCGGCCGUCAAGCGGCUCGAGCGCAGCCAGUUCACCGACGACAUGGACGCUCGUUUCGGCUUCGAGAGGAUGAAGGAGCCCGGGGAGAAAACAGGCUGGCUGAUCAACAUGCACCCUACGGAGAUCCUAGAUGAGGACAGGAGGAUGAUCAGUGCUGUAGACUACUACUUCAUCCAAGAGGAUGGAAGCAGAUUCAAGGUGGCACUUCCUUUCAAGCCUUAUUUUUACAUUGCUACUAGAAAGAACUGUGAAAGGGAAGUCAUUUCAUACUUAUCCAAGAAGUUCCAAGGAAAGGUGGCAAAACUCGAGAUGCUUCCAAAAGAGGACUUGGAUCUGCCAAACCAUCUAGUGGGCCUGAAGAGAAACUACAUCAAACUGUCGUUCAACACCGUUGAUGAUCUCAUCAAAGUGAAGCGUGAGAUCGCUCCGGCUGUAAGGAAGAACCGAGAGAGGGAGCAGUCCAACGACUCCUACACCUCAAUGUUAUCAAGCGCUCUGUCAGGUGGCAACGUCACCUCAGCUUAUGAUGAUGGGAUGUCGAAAAGUAUUGUGGAUCAGCUGGAGAACAUAGUGGACAUGAGAGAGUACGAUGUGCCCUACCACGUCCGACUCUCCAUCGACCUGAAGAUUCAUGUGGCUCACUGGUACAACGUUCGUUACCGUGGCAGCGCAUUCCCGCCAGAGAUCGUACGCAGAGAGGAUCUUGUGGAGCGCCCGGACCCGGUUGUUUUGGCUUUUGACAUCGAGACAACCAAACUUCCUCUGAAGUUCCCAGACGCAGAGACGGAUCAGAUCAUGAUGAUUUCCUACAUGAUAGACGGACAGGGGUUCCUGAUCACAAACAGAGAGAUUGUCUCUGAGAACAUUGAGGAUUUUGAGUUCACUCCCAAACCGGAAUACGAAGGGCCUUUCACUGUUUUUAAUGAGGCCGAUGAGGCUGGUCUCAUUCAGAGGUGGUUUGAUCACGUUCAGGAGACCAAACCAAACAUAUUUGUAACCUACAACGGAGACUUCUUUGACUGGCCUUUUGUCGAGACCCGAGCUGCCCACCACGGCCUGAGCAUGCACAGGGAAAUUGGUUUCCAGAAGGACAGCCAGGGGGAGUACAAGUCCAGCCAAGCCAUCCACAUGGACUGCCUGAGGUGGGUAAAGAGAGACAGCUACUUACCUGUGGGAAGUCACAAUCUCAAGGCAGCAGCCAAGGCUAAACUGGGCUACGACCCGGUGGAGCUGGACCCUGAGGAGAUGUGUCGCAUGGCAACGGAGGAGCCACAGACUUUAGCCACCUACUCUGUGUCUGACGCCGUGGCCACGUAUUACCUGUACAUGAAAUAUGUUCACCCCUUCAUCUUUGCGCUGUGUACCAUCAUCCCCAUGGAGCCUGAUGAGGUGCUGCGUAAAGGGUCUGGGACUCUGUGUGAGGCCUUGCUGAUGGUGCAGGCCUUCCACGUCAACAUCGUGUUCCCCAACAAGCAGGAGCAAGUCUUCAACAAGCUGACGGACGACGGACACGUCAUGGACUCUGAGACCUACGUGGGAGGCCACGUGGAGGCGCUGGAGUCGGGAGUGUUUCGCAGCGACAUCCCCUGUCGUUUUAAAAUGAACCCAGCCGCCUUCGACUUCCUGCUUCAAAGAGUCGAGCAAACAAUGCGUCACGCCAUCGAGGAGGAGGAGAAAGUCUCUCUGGAGCAAGUUACUAACUUUAAUGAGGUGUGUGAUGAAAUCAAAAAGAAGCUGACUUCCUUGAAGGAGGUUCCCAACAGGAUCGAGUGCCCCCUCAUCUACCAUCUGGACGUCGGGGCGAUGUACCCCAACAUCAUCCUCACCAACCGCCUGCAGCCGUCGGCGAUGGUUGAUGAGGCCACGUGUGCUGCCUGUGACUUCAACAAGCCCGGCGCCUCCUGCCAGAGGAGGAUGACCUGGCAGUGGAGAGGAGAAAUCAUGCCUGCAAGUCGCAGCGAGUUUCACCGCAUCCAGCAGCAGCUGGAGUCUGAGAAGUUCCCCCCGCUGUUCCCCAACGGGGCCCCCAGGGCCUUCCACACACUCAACCGGGAGGAGCAGGCCAAACACGAGAAGAAGCGUCUUGCGGAUUAUUGUAAGAAGGCCUACAAGAAGAUCCACGUCACCAGGCUGGAGGAGCGCGUCACCACCAUCUGUCAGCGAGAAAACUCCUUCUAUGUUGACACGGUCAGAGCCUUCAGGGAUCGGCGUUACGAAUUCAAAGGACUUCACAAAGUGUGGAAGAAGAAGCUGUCAGUGGCACAGGAAUGUGGAGAUGCUGCCGAGGUGAAGCGCUGCAAAAACAUGGAGAUCCUGUACGACUCCCUUCAGCUGGCUCACAAGUGUAUUCUGAACUCUUUCUACGGCUACGUCAUGAGAAAAGGGGCUCGCUGGUACUCCAUGGAGAUGGCUGGCAUUGUGUGCUACACUGGAGCCAACAUUAUCACUCAGGCCAGAGAACUCAUCGAGCAAAUCGGGAGGCCUCUGGAGCUGGACACCGACGGUAUCUGGUGCGUCCUCCCCAACACCUUCCCAGAGAACUUUGUGGUGAAAACCAGCAACGAGAAGAAGCCCAAGGUGACCGUUUCCUACCCGGGGGCCAUGCUGAACAUCAUGGUGAAGGAGGGGUUCACCAACGACCAGUACCACGAGCUGGUGGAGCCAGCGUCUCUCGUGUACAACAUCAGGUCGGAGAACAGCAUCUUCUUCGAGGUGGACGGACCGUACCUGGCCAUGAUCCUGCCUGCCUCCAAAGAGGAAGGGAAGAAGCUCAAGAAAAGGUACGCCGUGUUUAACGAGGACGGCUCUCUGGCUGAGCUCAAAGGUUUUGAAGUGAAGAGACGAGGGGAGCUCCAGCUCAUCAAGAUCUUCCAAUCAUCUGUGUUUGAGGCUUUCCUCAAAGGGACCACCCUGGAGGAAGUGUACGCGUCUGUGGCCAAAGUAGCCGACUACUGGCUGGAUGUGCUGUACAGCAAGGCUGCCAACAUGCCCGAUGCAGAGCUGUUUGACUUGAUUUCAGAGAAUCGGUCGAUGUCCAGGAAGCUGGAAGACUAUGGAGAGCAAAAGUCUACAUCCAUCAGCACGGCCAAGAGGCUGGCAGAGUUCCUGGGAGACCAGAUGGUGAAAGACGCUGGUCUGAGCUGCCGCUACGUCAUCUCCCGAAAACCAGAGGGUUCCCCCGUAACAGAAAGGGCCAUUCCUCUGGCCAUCUUCCAGGCAGAGCCCAGCGUCAAGAAGCAUUUCCUCAGGAAGUGGUUGAAGAUGCCCAGCCUGCACGACUUGGACAUCCGCACGAUCCUCGAUUGGAGCUAUUACAUCGAGAGGUUGGGCAGUGCGAUCCAAAAGAUCAUCACCAUCCCUGCAGCUCUGCAACAGGUGAAGAAUCCAGUUCCAAGAGUCAGACAUCCUGACUGGCUUCACAAGAAGCUCCUGGAGAAAAACGACAUCUACAAGCAGAAAAAAAUCAGUGAGCUGUUCACCAGCGAGGGCAAGAAGCAGGUGACCCACCAGCCUCUCGAGGCAGGUCAUACAGCAGAUAUGGAGGACUUUGGGAGGCCGGCUAGACCCCCGCAGCCCGCCGUUCCCAUCAGCACCAAGCGUAAGCGGGCGUCUCAGGGGAGUGACAGUCAGGUGGAGUCUCAGGACGUUGAGCUCACGCAGUCAUGGAGAGAAAUCCUGGGACCGCCUCCAUCAAAGGGAACAACACGGGAGGAGCGUCUUGUUUGGCUUCGUUAUCACAAGAAGAAGUGGGAGCUGCAGCUGAGACAGAGGAAGGAGAAGAAGAAGAGGAGGAAGCUGUUGGAUGGAGAGUCUCAACCUGUUGGAGGAGGUGUGAUCCGAGGUGGCUCCGCCACCGGCCUGGGGAGCUUCCUCCGCAGAACUGCUCGCAGCAUCCUGGACAUGCCUUGGCAGGUUGUGCAGAUUGCAGAAACGAGUCACCCUGGUCUGUACAAGCUGUGGGCUGUGAUCGGAAACGACCUUCACUGCAUGAAGCUCAACAUCCCGCGGGUCUUCUACGUCAACCAGAAAGUCCCAAAACAAGAAGAGGGAGUGGCGUUCAAAAAGGUGAACCGCAUGCUGCCGCGCUCCAACAUGGUGUACUUCCUGUACGAGUACUCUGUGCCAGAGGAAAUGUACCAGAAGCACAUCAACGAGAUCAACGCCGACCUCUCGGCUCCCGACAUCGAAGGCGUCUAUGAAACACAGGUCCCCCUGUUGUUUCGUGCCCUGGUGCAGCUCGGCUGCGUGUGCAUGGUAAACAAACACAUCGUCAGAGAUUUGGCCGGCAGAGAGACGGAUUCCUUUGAUCUGGAACAUCUGGAGAUGAGAUCUCUGGCUCAGUUCAGCUACCUGGAACCCGGAAGCAUUCGUCACAUGUACUUGUAUCAUCACAACCAGGGUCAGAAGGCUCUGUUUGGGCUGUUCAUCCCCUCUCAGCGCAAAGCGAGCAUCUUCAUCUUGGACACGGUGCGAAGCAACCAGAUGCCCAACCUGAGUAACCUCUACACAGCAGAGCGCACCGCCCUCCUGGAGAAGACAACGGAGGAGCUUCUACCUCCAGAGAAACACACCUUCGAGGUUCGAGCUGAAAACGACAUCAAGGCGAUCUCUCGUGCUGUGCAGCGCAUCCUGCUGAACUACAAAGAGGAGCGACGUGGGCCCACUCUCAUCGCCGUCCAGUCCAACUGGGAGCUGCAGCGGCUAGCAGCAGCCGUGCCGGUGCUCGAGGAGUUCCCGGUGGUUCCGGUGCACGUGGUGGAUGAGAUCAGCUACAAUGUGCUGGACUGGCAACGCCACGGGGCCCGGCGCAUGAUCCGCCAUUACCUCAACCUGGACAGCUGCCUGUCUCAGGCUUUUGAAAUGGCCAGGUAUUACCACCUGCCAGUGGGUAAUUUGCCCCAGGACGUGUCCAUCUUUGGCUCCGACUUGUUCCUGGCGAGACAUCUACGGAAACACAACCAUCUGCUGUGGCUUUCACCCACAGCCAGGCCCGACCUCGGUGGGAAAGAGGCCGACGACAGCCGCCUGGUCGUAGAAAACGACGAUCAGGUGUCCGUGGAGAUCAACGCACAAGGAUGUUAUUCCACAGUAUGCGUGGAGCUGGACCUGCAGAGCCUGGCGGUGAACACCAUCCUCCAGUCGCAGCAUGUCAACGACAUGGAGGGCGGGGCCAGUCUGGGCGUGAGCUUUGACGUGAUCCAGCAGGCGUCGUUGGAGGACAUGAUGUCAGGAAACCAAAGCGCCAGCGCUUUGGCUAGCUAUGAUGAGACGGCUCUCUGCUCCAACACCUUCAGGAUCUUGAAGAGCAUGGUGGUUGGGUGGGUCAGGGAGAUCACGCAGUACCACAACGUGUACGCAGACAACCAGGUGAUGCACUUCUACCGCUGGCUCCGCUCCCCAAGCUCUCUCCUCUACGACCCGGCGCUGCACCGCACGCUGCACAACAUGAUGAAGAAGGUGUUCCUGCAGUUGGUGGCAGAGUUCAAACGUCUGGGCUCUACUGUGGUUUAUGGAAACUUUAACAGGAUCAUCCUGUGCACCAAGAAAAGGAGGAUAGACGACGCCAUUGCCUACGUAGAAUACAUAACCAACAGCAUACAUUCCAGGGAGAUCUUCCACUCCCUGUCCAUCUCCUUCUCCCGAUGCUGGGACUUCCUGUUGUGGAUGGAUCCAGCUAACUACGGCGGCGUCAAGGGCAAACUACCUUCCAGCGUUCUGUAUGGAGAGGAAAACGCCAAAGAGAAGAAAAUCACACAAGGAGAGGAAGACGAGGACGGGAGUGAAGAUGAGGCUGAGGACAACGCUGAGGAAGAUGAUGGAGAUGGAGAGGCUGAUGAGGUGGAAGAGCUGAUUGAGAGCAGCUGGAACAUCAUGCAUUACCUUCCCCAAACGGCUUCCUGUCAGAAAUACUUCCUCAUGAUUGUUUCAGCCUACAUCGCUGCCGUUUACCACAGCAUGAAAGAGGAGCUGAGACGUAACGCUCCGGGAGCAACGCCAGUCAAGAGGCGCGGAGGCAGCCAGGUUUCACAGCAGGCCGUUGGGGACUUGAGCGCACUUCCUGGAAUGAUUUCCUUCUCUCAGGAGUACGUGGCGAGCGAGCUGACCCAGAACAUUUUCACCAUCACUCAGAAGAUCCAGAAAAAGGUGACGGGCUCCAGGAACGUGACCCAGACGUCAGAGAUGUUUCCCGUCCUGCCCGGCUCACACCUGCCUCUGAACAACCCUGCUCUGGAGUUCGUCAAAUACGUUUGCCAGGUCCUUUCUCUGGAUGCCAACAUUGUGAAUCAGGUGAACAAGCUGAAGCGAGACCUCCUACGUCUGGUGGACGUGGGGGAGUUUUCAGACGAAGCUCAGUUCCGUGAUCCCUGCAACUCCUACAUCCUGCCUGAAGUCAUCUGCCACCACUGCAAUUUCUGUCGGGACCUGGACCUGUGUAAGGACCCGUCAGUGGCACAGGACGGGUCUGUGUUGCCUCAGUGGUUCUGCUCAAACUGUCAGGUCCAGUAUGAGACAGACUCGAUUGAGAUGGCCCUGGUUGAAGCUCUGCAGAAGAAACUCAUGAGCUACACGCUGCAAGACCUGGUGUGCACCAAAUGUAAAGGGGUGAAGGAAGCAAACAUGCCCCUCUACUGCAGAUGUGCCGGCGACUUUGACCUGACCUUCUCAUCCAAGAGCUUCGCCCAGCAGAUCUCCAUGUUUCAGAACAUUGCAUCCCAUUUCAACAUGAGAUUCCUGGAGGAGACCAUCCACUGGCUGCUGGAGAUGAGCCCUCAGAUCAGCCACUGAACGUGACAAGCAGAGGCGACCCUCCUGGGAAGCACUCGAUCUUUAUCCACUUGAUCAUCUCUGAUGCUGAACUGAGGAGGAAUGUUUCUUCUGUAAAUAUGUCUGAACUUUGCUUUAUGUGUAUGGAUUUCAGUUUUUCACCAGUUAAUUAAAGCGCAACUGUUUAAAAUUUGA